AUUUAUAUAAAUAUAUAUCACUACAUACCAGUUAUAUACGGUCAAGGAAUCGUUGUUGUAUAGACAAACGCUAAGAUAUGUUACAAAUUAUCUUCCCCUUCUUGGCAGGCGCCAUCGAGGUAUACUGCAUUGUGGUUGCCUUUGUCUCUAUAUGGAGUUCCGAUUGGUAUAGUGGAGAGGGCGGUUCCUACGGUAUUUCCACUGGAUGUCAUAAUGAUACAGCUACAAACACUACCAAUCUGCAAACAUUCGAUGUGACUGACUUCUGUGAAUUCACCUGGAGCGAUCUCGCCAACAACACAGAGAAGGCUAUUGCGGGCAUGUUGUUUGCAGCUGGUGCCCUUGGUGUGGUUGCUUUCCUUCUUCUGCUAAUUAUGGUCCUUGGCAGGUGCUGCUUCCAACCAAAACCCUUCGCUGGUAAGCUAGUGAAGUACAUUUGCUUCUUCCAAUGGCUUGGCUUGGCUGGCGCCCUGAUUGCGAUUGCCGGUCUAUGGGGCUGGGGAACGCCCCCGGGAACAGACGUUGGUUCGAUGUUCUAUCUAGUCUCUGCGGCGGCACUGGGCGCGUUCAUCAAUGUCAUUAUAUUAGAGUGGACAUACAAGUUCAUCACAAGACGUGCGCGUAACGCGAAGAAAAAGGCUGGACAACCUUCACCGCUCGAGCGAAGUAAGCCCCCAGGAUACGGCACCCCAGAAUAUCGCAACAACAACACGGUACUGGAGUCUACUACCAAUCUAGACGGCGACGAAAGAACCUCCUCUGUGAAUAUGGUCUGAGAUGGUCUGUAGAGACUAUCAAACAUAAAUAUCGUACAAAUAAAGGAUAUCAAAUAUAACAAAAUCUGUGGGCAUAGAAAACGGUA